GGGACGUCUAGGGGAACAGGAGUUUAUUAUGAAGUUGUCCAUAUCGAGGCAGUGCAGGAUCACGUAAACAGGGGUGUCCUCGGUGCUGGUCGAUUAAUAUAGACAUCCUUGUCUGUUGAAUAACGAGCCUAAAGGUCAUAUUCAAGUAUUCCCGGAUCAAGGAACGUAAGGACGGGUCCAUCCAAAGAAAGGAUGAUACCAGAAGACUACAUGAACACCAAAGAAGAAAUGUGAUUUGAUAAACCGCGGUUUGCUAAAAAAAGUAAUCCUCUUCUGUGAACAAGGCGUUCUAAUUGAUGGUGAACUAUUACUGGACAACGAUGGCAACAGGAUUUGUUACGCGUCACUAGAAGAACUCUUCUGUCAUGUCCAGUCGAUCAAGACCUACCUGUAUGACAUAUGCGGAUGCGAUGGAAGUGAUGAGGGACUAGUACAAGAUGGCCGUGUCAACACUGUCUUUCCAUCUCCUGUGCCUCCUGUGUCUCAUCCCAGCAUCAGAUGAGCGGCCAUCGGGACAGCAGCAUGCCAGGUUCCACAGCACGCACGACAUGAAGGACGUCAUCUUCCAGGAGGACCUCCUCAAGGAGAUGAAGUCCAGCAGGGUGCGCUGCGCCUCUCAGUGUCACAUGCUGCCCAAGUGUAAGUCCUACUUCUACAACAAGUCAGCGCGCAUGUGUCGGCUUCACUCCAGAGUCUUCACGGACACCACUGGCGCCAUACCUACACAAGGAUGGGGUUACUAUGGGAGACAUGCAACUUCAGUUAAAAGAAACAAGGCGAAGACAACAACAAACACACCUGGCUUGGAAUCGUCAACGUUGAACCCUGAGCAAACAUCUGAAGUAUCAACUACAGCAGGUAUAACCGAGUUUGCCUCAGGUGAUGCUGCAACAGGGACAACACAAUUUCCUGUGAAAGAAGUUUCAGAAGACGCCAGAAGCCCUACUACGACGGGGGAAAGAACACUGACAGAAGCUGGCCCAAGAACAAAUCCCAGGGGAACUUCCACAGAUAGGAGUCGACUCCUGGCAACACUGACCACGAAAUAUGUGUCCCAAGCCUCAAGCAGCACAGAGAAGGGUGGAAAUCUUAAAAACAAGUUGAGGAGUCGCAUGGUGACCAAACCGUUCGUGAAGCUGUGGGCAGUCACGCCGGAGUCUGUUCCUCCCGGGAAAGUAGCAUCUAUAUCAUCCACGGACAGUCUUUCCACAACGGAAGAAGGGGCUGAAAGUAUGUCUACUCAUGUCACAGAGACCGGGUCCAGGGUCACCAUUAGAAGGACGACUAGCAAUGUCAUGACACCCACCUCCACCACCUCGACCACACCGACCUGGACGACACGCGGAGCAACCGAAAGAGACACUACCCCGAAUCAAAACGACAAACAGUUGACAGACGAAACACCGUCAGCAUCUGGUAAUAGAUCACAAGAGGAUAACGCACUGAACACAUCCUCCUACACUGAUGACAGCACAGAAACUGACAGUUCCAUGUCUGUAAUACCAGAGGAUGCAACAGUUGGCCACGCUGGCCAAGAGACCCCAGCAUCUCACCACAACGAAGACCAACAUGAUCAGCUUAACUUUCUUACCACAGAAGAUGAAGCCAAGUUGUUUGAAUUGUCCACAGGUCUGGUGAUGCCCUCAGUGACAGUUGGUGAUGAAGACGAUGAGCACGGCGCCAUCACAGUUAUGAUAAUUGGUGAUGAUGAUAAUGAUGGUGAUGAUACAACCCAAUUCAUUAUGGAACCGGAUCUGGAGUCCACUAUGAGUGUCAUAUCUAUCGGAGGCGACGACGACGUACUCCAUGAACAUAUGCUCGACCCUGACAGUGACGACGACGGUGGCGAGUUUCCCUUUACGACUGACAUCGCAGCCUUUACACGUGAACAUGGGGUACAGCAGGACAGGUCGGCUGGCAGAAAGACCACCGAGGUGAUGCAGAGAUCAUCGUAUGCAACUCUGCAGCUCGACAAAAGUGUGACGAACACGGGAUCUACAGAAUCGCCGACCUCCACAGGAAGCUCUGUAGCGGGCAAGGUGGCUGCCUAUGUCGUGCUGGGGGUGGUUGCUCCUCUUCUGGGCGUGGCAGGGUAUGCCUUAUACCGUCGCUGGAGGACGGGGCCGUGGACUCUCCUACACAAGCAGGAUGACGGUUUGGGGCUGCAGCUCGUCUCCUCCACAUAGGGACUGAUCAUUUAGUACUCUUGGCGGUGUUUUUUUUUGUUUCAGGGGUGGGGAUGUGGGGAUUUUUGUUUCAGGGGGGGGGUGUGUGGGUUUUUUUUGUUUGGGGAUGAGGAUUUUUCAGACAGACUGCUUUUUUACAGUGCGCUUAAUGACAUAUAAUGCUACCCACAAUGCAUUGUUCGAAGAACGUCUAACGUUUCCAGAGAACCAUUUAUUUAUUUUGUUUCGUCAAACCUGAAAACAAAUUAUUCAAAAUUUACCCCUCCUCCUUCCAAGCAUCUUCCCAAGGCAAGGGAAUUAACUGACUAUAAAAGUUUCCACCCUUGCCGAACUUGGCUGGAACUUCCAGGCUCGAUCGUGGCGCCACCAGCGGCUAUUACGAGUUAUGUCCCCCUAUUGAGCAAUCCGAUUCCGUCUCUCGGAAUGGCGGUGCGCACUCAAAACCAUCUGAUCGAUAAUAAAGAUCUAUAAUGUAAUAAAACGGUCUUUACCUCGCGAAGUGCGUUAAAUCAGGUGAGCUCAUUGAUUACAAACAUGAAAAGAUUUGCAAACUAUGUCGACGCCCAGUUGGCUGGCUGUACACAUGCUUUGCAAAUCCAGCAGUCCACCGAAAUCUGCACGUUGAAAAUACAUGUUAUUUACGAACUGGAUGUCUAGUUCGUUAUGCGAUUGUAAUUGGACUAUGCAUAGACUCGUUAUUCCAGCCAAACUGUAACUGCGGAAUUCCCGCCAAGUUCGGCAAGGGUGGAAACUGGACUUUUAAAUCAGUUAACUGCCGUGCUCUUCCAGGAAUACAAAAUGGUCGGCACCUCAGGUUAACCCAGGAGAUCAAUGGUCUGUUUACGGUGGCUGAAUGUUGCGGCUGAAAACCACAUUCAACAAUGAGCCAGCUUCUAUACUAGGUACGCCAGAGGUCGAUAGCAUGAAGAACGACCACAGCAGUCGGGGAAAAUAUCAUCUAUUUUUGUAUGUGUUUAUUUUGUUUGAACCAGCAUACAUGUAUUAUCAUUCUUGCCACUGAGCGAUGACAUUUGUAUUUUAUUCAAUGUCUCUGUACUUAAUGUUGGCGGUUGUAUUUGAUUAUGUGGCGCAAUAUUGACAUAUCCAGGUAAGGGCCGACCAUUUGAUAUUUUGGGGGAGGGUAGGAUGAGAUUGUGCAUCGAGAUUAGAUAUUAUGAUUCUAUAAAACCCGAGCCUGAUUUCUUAAAACAAGAAAAACACCUUGCAACAAUGUAAGUUUUGUGGCAGGCAAUUUCUUCUUUUCUCAUCAAUCGGAACCAUAAUUUAUUUUUUUUGAAGGA